CCGACACCGACACAUGAGUUAUUCUCCGCCGCGUGUUCCUCGCCGACGCGGGAUUUGCAUCGUGCCGGACUGCGGCAACCAAGUCUACGCGCGCAAAUUGUGCUGCCGCCAUGGUGCCAAGAAGCAGUGUGCAUUUGAAGGAUGCACGCUGCGCGCCCGACUGAAUGAUGUGUGCUACAACCACGGAGCGGCCAAGAAGGAAUGUGCCGAGUACGGAUGUACCCAGCCCGCACAAGCUCGCCAUCGGUGCGUCAAACACGGAGGCGGACGCCAUUGCAACGCAAACGGAUGCACUUCCCACUCACGCAUCGGCGGGUAUUGCCAGCGCCACCGGUACGCCCCGACGCAGAUGGAACACGGCGAGUACGGCAUGCCCUACACGUGGGGUGACGACUACCAGUCGUCGUUGGGGAACCCGUCGUACCAUCACUUCCGAUCGUACUCGAUCGACUCGAUGGACGACGUGAGCUACGUCGAUCCCCCCCUGGCCACGAUCGACCCGAGCCUGCAAUGCAUCAUCGACAACAUUUGCUUUGCGCCAAUCCGAUGGCACCCUCUCCGAGGCGACGACGCUGCCAUGAUGCAGGAAGUGUUUGGCCUCCUUAAGUCGUUGUGACCGUGGCAUACAUAUUUAGUGGGUAACGAUCGGUUUAUCGCACAUCAUACCACCG